AGGACAGAUCACCUUGUUUGGCCAUGCUUCAGGUGGGCACAGACUUCAACAGAGACUUAGACAGGAUGGUUGCUCAAUGCUUAAGGGUCACCCCAAAGACUCUGGAGGGCAUAUGCCUGGACAAAGAAUCCAAAACUUUAGUGAGGACUGCCGAAAUAAAAAUAGAGGAUGACAAUCAAGAAGAUGGAGCAGAGGACAGGGAAACUCUACAGGGCAAAGACUCCAGAAUACAAGUGAUGAAUUCCCAGAUGGCAGUCAAAGGAAUCAUCCAAGAGGCAGCAGAGUGCAUAGAGGCACAGCAACAGUCUGAAAACACAGUUGAAGUGGUGACUGAGGAGCAAAACAUAAAACUUAAUGUAGAGAAGCAGACUGUGGAUGAGAUUUGUCAUUCUGAAGAGCCAGCAAACAACAUUCAGAACAUUGUAAAAGUCUUCAAACAGGCAGCUAUGGUUGCAAGGAGAAACUGCUCAUUGAUCGACCUCAGUAAACAGGAGCAAGAUGAUGUUGUUCAGAAGCUUUCAUCAUGUCAUUGGGUUCAGGAAGAUGGGAAGUUGUUUUCAGAGGGGGAAAUGCUACAAAACAUUGUGAAAGCCAUAAGAGAAACAAUCCUCACUGAAGUUCAGGACUCACCUUUCUUUUCCAUCAUCAUUGAUAGAGCUAUCUCAGUGGGUGAGGCCAAGUUCCUACCAGUCUUUGUUAGAUAUGUGAAUGACUGCAUUCCCAAAGUGGAGCUCAUAGGUUUUCUGCCCUUUGAUGAAAGUUCUGAUGUAAAUUUGCAAGCAAAGGCCCUGUCAGCCACUCUUGAGGAUGAAUGGGGACUUCAGAUGGGCUGCUGUCGUGGCCAGUCCAUCAUGUGCAUGGGUACAGGGAGCCAAAGUCUUAGGAAGAUGGCCUUAGACUUUCUAGAGUGCUAUCCGUUAGCUGUGAACACACCAAGUGAGUCUUGUGGACUUGCCUACUGGCUUUCUUUAAGCCUACAGAAUGCCUCCAUCACAAAGGUUCUAGACAUAGCUGAGGAUCUGUUACAGUUUUUUGACCAGUCACCUAGACUAGAGAGUGAGCUUGCCAAAACAAUGGAUGGGCUUCUAAAUACCCCACGUGAAGCGCUUGCAGAGAUCCCAGAGACCUGCUUGUCCAGAUGGAAGAAGAGAGAAGACUUCUUUGAUAUUUUGGUGGACAUGCUAGAGGGAGCCUUGAACUGCUUGGAUUUAGUGACCACCAAUCCCAGUGGAUCGUGGAGUAGCAGCAUGUCGCUGCAUGCUCUGACCCUGUCCACAACUAUCAGGCAGGCUGAUUUUGUAAUUCGCUUAGUGAUUUUGAAGAAUGCCUGUGCUCCCUUGAGGAACUGCAGCACUGUGUUUCGCUGUGGAAACCCUGCUGACAUUAUCUGCGAGCUUGAGAAGAUUGUGCCAAUAAUAGAUACUCUUAGCAAGAUGUUGGAAAAUGUCAGUGCAGUGCAUUCUACCUGGUUUGAGGAGGCAGUGGAUCUGGCUACUAAGGUCACAGGAUUGCUAUCAUAUCCAGAAUCUGUCAGUGGCUACAAGUCACCAGAAGUGUUCUACAAGGAAACAGUGAGCAUACCAGUUCUUAAUAGUUUGAUUGAAGAAAUGAAGUUCAAUUUCUCAGAGAAUCACCUGAAAGCUCUAAAGGUGUUGUCCCUGCUGCCGACCUGUAACCCUCUACCCAUUCUCCCAGAGUCCACUGAUAAAUUGCACACCAUCUACAUGAGUGAUCUCCCUGAACCAGAAACAGCUGAGGAAGACAUUAACACCUGGGCCACAUUAUGGAGGGAAAAGUAUCAAGAUGUUUCUCCUCCCACCUCCAUCUCUGAGACAUUGCUCCACAAUGAAGCCAAAAAUCUUCCAAAUGUUGCAACACUUCUUAAGCUAGUGGCUGUGUUACCUAGCAUUAGCAUGGAGUGUGAUCUUAUGAAGACCACUCUGAACUCCUUGAGGACUUUACUCAAAGAUGGUUUCUUCAGUAGGGGUAGUAAGAGCGACGCUGUUAUGCUUCUUAUGCAUCGCCAGGCACUCCAGAGCCUGGACGAGGUGAUUGAGAAAUGCAUGGAGAGUGAUACAAAGAGUCAUCAAUUUCUUGCUCAGGUAAAAGCAAGAGCCAAUCACCUGAGAAUGGAAAGUGAGGUGAUUGCCAUGGCUCCACAAGAGAUCACUGUGGAUACAAAUGGUUCCAAUUAUCAACAUGUGGCAAAGGAUGCUGUUAUUGAAGUUAACACUGCUACUUCAGAGGAAAUCUCAAUGGAAACCAAUGGCUCUACUUGUAUAGAAUUGGCUAAAGAAACAUCUGUCAUAACUCUUGAGGGCUCUGAAAAACCCGCAACUGCACUUCAGGUCAUCCAUGCUUGCAGCUCACUAAUGAUCAGCACAUCUCUCCAACCAACAGAAUCCAUCCAAGAUGCCAUUAAGCAAUCCACAGCAGUUGAACAAGAUAGAACUGGUGAACUGAUGGCUGUUCAAAAUGUAAAUGAUGGGUCUGAAGUACUUGAUCAAUGUGGAAUUGGUCUGACAGUAACAGAAGAUCAAAGUGCAUCUAAUCAGUUAAUGGCCGUGGGUCAUGGUAGAAUUGAGCAGUCUGAAAUAGAACUGCAAGUUAGAACUGGUCAGUUAGUAUCAGUCGAUCAAAAUGAAACUGAUCAACCUAUGGAAGUUGAUGAGAGUGGAAAUGAACAGUUUGUAGCACCAGAUCAAGUUGGAACUGACCAGCCAGCAAUAAGCGAACAAAUAGUACCAGAUUCAUUCAUGGAAGCUGGGCAAGUUAAAACUGAUCAGUCUUCAGUAGAAGGCCAAGAUGAAGGUUGUCACACUGUAACAGGGUUGGCACAUGAAGGUGGAACUGGCCCGUUGGGAUCAGGGGAUCAUAAUGCGUCUGUUCAGCUCUCGGCAGUUGGUCAUGGCGUAAAUGAGCAGUUGGUGUCAGGGUAUCAAAGUGAAAGUGAUCAGGUUAUGGAAGUUGAUCAGAGUGGAGAUUAUCAGUCUGUUGCAGCAGAUCAGGGUGGAACUGACCAACCAGUAAGUGAACAAAGUGUAGCUGAGCUGUUAGCAGUUGGUCAAGUUGAAACCGGUCAGUCUGUAUUAGAAGGGCAGGAUGAAGUUUGUCAGAGAGUAACUGGGCUAGGAGAUGAAGGUAAGUUAGUAACAGGGGAACAACUUUUAUCUGACCAACUUAUGGCAGUUGAUGACUCUAAAAAGGGCCAGUCCAUUUUAGCAGAAAAAUGUGGAACUGGAGAUACUGGAGUAACUGGAGAUAAAAGUGUAGCCGAUCAGUUCAUGGCAGUUGGCCAAGUGGAAACUGAACAUUCAAUAGUUGCAGGUCAGGUUGAGGCUAGUCAAACAGAAACAGCAAAUGAAGAUGAAACUAGUCGGUUAGUAUCAGAGGAUCAAAAUGAAUCUGAGCAGGUUAUGUUUGACACUACAGAUGUUCAGUGUGUAACAGCAGAUCAAAUUGUUACUGAUCAGUUCAUGACAGUUGGUCAAGAUAAAACUGUUUAUUCUAUGGUAGAGCGUGAAACUGAGACUGAUCAGACAGAAACUGAUUUAGCAAAUGUAGGUGCAGUUGAUAAAUUGGUAUCAGGGGAUCAAGGUGGAUCUGAUUCGCUCAUUGUAGUUGAUGAUUCUGGAAAUGUUCAGUCUGUAACAGUAAAUCAAAAUGGAACUGGUCAGUCUGUAACAGGAAAUCAGAGUAUAGCUGAUCAGUUCAUAGCAGUAGGUCAAGUUGAAACUGAUAAAUCUAUAGUAGAGCAUCAAGAAAAGGCUGGUCUGACAGAAAUGGGAUUAGCAAAUGAAGCUGGAACUGCUCUAUUAAUAUCAGAGGAACAGGGUGGAUCUGAUCAGCUCAUGGUAGUUGACUCUGAAAAUAAUCACUCAGCAGAUCAAAAUAGAAUUGGCCAGUCAGUAACAGGAGAUCAGUUUGUAGCUGUUCAAUUUAUGGCAGUUGAAGUUGAAACCAAUCAUACUAUAGUAGAGAGUCAAGAAAAGGCUGAUCCGACGGAAAUGGGAUUAGCAAAUGAAUGUAGAACUGGUCAGUUAGUAUCAGGGGAUCAAAGUAGAUCUGAGCAGAUCAUGAUGGUUGACUCUGGAAGUGACCAGUCCAUAACAGCAGAUCAAAAUCGAAUUGGUCAGUCAAGAACAGGAGAACAACAUUUUGCUGAUCUUUUCAUGGCAGUUGAAACUGAUCGUUCUAUAGUAAGGGGGCAUGAAAAUGUUGCUCAGACAGAAAUGGGAUUAGCUGAGGAAGGUGGAACUGGUCACUCAGCAUCAGGGGAUCAAAGUGGUUCUGAGCAGCUCAUAGUAGUCGACUCUGGAAAUUAUCAGUGUGUAACAGCAGAUCAAAAUAAAAUUGAUCAAAGUGUAGCUGAUCUAUUUGUGGCAGUUGAAGUUGAAUCUGAACGUUCUAUAGUAAAGGGUCAAGAAAAUUCUGGUCAGACAGAAAUAGGAUUAGCAAAUGUAGGUGGAACUGGUCCGUUAGUAUUAGGGGGUCAAAGUGGAUCUGAGCAGCUCAUGGUUGUUGACUCUGGAAAUGAUCAGUUUGUAACCGCUGCUCAAAGUGGAACCCGUCAGUCAGUAAUAGAUCAACAUAUUGCUCAUCCCUUUAUGGCAGUUGAAGUUGACACUGAUCAUUCUAUAGUAGAGGGUCAAAAUGAGGCUGGUCAGACAGAAAUUCGGUUGGCAAAUGAAAGUGCUAGUCACUUGGUAUCAGAUUAUCAAAUUGGAUCUUAUCAGCUGAUGGUAGUUGAUGACUCUGAAAAUGACCUGUCUGUAACAGCUGAGCAAAAUGUAACUGGUCAGUCAGUAACAGGAGAUCAAAGUGUACCUGAUCAGUUUGUGGCAGUUGGUCAAGUUGAAACCGAUCAGUUUAUAGUAGAGGGUCAAAAUGAAGCUGGUCAGACAGAAACUGAAGUAGCGAAUAGAGGUGGAACUGGUCAGUUGGUAUCGGAUAAUCAGUGUGGAUCUGAUCAGCUCAUGGUAGUUGAUGAGUCUGGAAAUGACCAGUCAGUAAGAGACCAAGUUACAACUCAUCAGCCCACAGUAGAAGGUCUAGGUGGAGCUGGUCAAAUUAUAUCAUGGAAUCAAUGUGUUACUGAUCAGCCCAUGGCAGAUGAAUGCUGUGAAAAUGAUCAGACUGUAGUUAAAGCUAGAGUUGGAACUAGUCUUUCAAAUACUUAUAAUCAGAGUGUACCUGAUCAGUUUGUGUCACUGAGUCAGGAUGGAACUGAUCAGAUUGUACCAGGGAAUCUAAGUGGAAUUGAUCAGUCCAAAGCAGAGGAUCAGUCUCGCCCCGACCAGCCUCAAUUAGCUGCAAAACAUGGCACAGAACAGUUCAGUUUACCAGCUCCAAAUGAAACUGCAUCAGUACAUGCUGACCCUGAUCUGCCCUCUAUAACUGACCAUUCCACACCUGCUUCACAUGAUAUUACUGAUCAGUCCUUGGCACAUAAUAUUAUUGAUCAUUCCUCAGCACCAGAAAUAGAAGGCACAGACCAGUCUAAAUCAACGGUUCAGGAUGGUGCAAACAAAGUAGCUUCCCUGGAUGGCACUGGUCCUGCACAAAGAGUUUUGACCCUCUAUGAUACUGCUGCCCGAGAGGAAUUACUCAAAGAGCUGUGUGGCAUAAAGUACUUUACCAUAGUGACUGAGGAAGAGUUGGAAAUUGAUGGCCAAGCAUACAUCCCUGUAGGAAUACACUACCUUGACAAACAAGAUGAUCAGUGUGAAAAUAUAUUGGCCUUUAUUCCCCUUGUCAAAAACAUUACUUCAUUUGUGGAUACUCUGACCUUUGUUCUCUCUGAAAAGUGGGGUUUAAACUUCGCUUUCUGUAGAGGUCAGACUUUGGCAAGACCCAAUGCUUUAGUUUCUCAGAUGAGACAGGCUUCAGCUUUGCUUUCCCAGAGACUUUCUCAUGCUUUUGGUGUCCUAAACCCUUUUACUCUGCAGACUUUGACAGCAAGUGCAUCCUCCAUAAGAGAGAUAAUGCAUAGUUUUGAGUGCUUGGAGCAGCUGUUAAGGUGGUUCUCUGAUGAUGUCCAGCGACGGGUAAGGCUAGAGGAAGCUGUUGUACAUUUAUUUAAACAGGAUGAAAAGGCCAAUGAGCUGAAAGCAAAGCUAAGCAACAAUCAAUGGGCAAUGAGUCAUGAGAUUCUGGAAAUUUCUACAGACAUUCUAGAAGCCAUCAUCCUUUGUUUGAAUGAAAUGAAGGGUGACCAUAACAAUGAGGCAAAUGCAAAACAGGCUCAGAGCUUCCUUUCCACCAUCCAAAACUUUGAUUUCAUCUUGACCAUUGUGAUCAUGAAAAACAUCUUGAGCCUCACCAAAAACCUAUGCCAGAGUCUUCAGGGAAAUUCAUAUGAUGUGUAUCAAGCUGUUAAUAGCCAGCCUGAUAUCCUGUCCUCUCUCAGUGAACUUAAGAACCGUAUUGAGACUCACCAUCAAAUCUGGUUUCAAGAGGCAUUUGCAUUGGCUUCAAAGCUGCAGGCCACAAUGCAUCUUUCACUACAGCCACCCGUGAAUGUGCACUACAGAGAGGACAUCAGUAAAAGGACCGUUGAGCACUGUAUUGCUGAAGUGGAAGGGCUCUCCCAGGAUAUUCUGUCUGCUCUUCGCUGCUUGCUGGUUGUGCCUUAUGUCAUGUCCAAAGUGGAAGGAUGCUGCAAGGAUAUUGAGUUUUUCAAGGUUUUCCAGGAGGACCUGCCAGACCCAGGGUCUCUCCAGGCUGAGCUGCAGAGGUGGUGGGACAGGUGGCAAGGCCCCAUUGCAUCUCACCAACACCUGCCCGACACUAUUAUCGGCACUCUCAAAAUUUCUGACAUCAUGUCUUUUCCCAACAUUUCAACAAUUCUCAGGCUUCUGGCAGUCCUGUCCUGCUCCAACAUGCAGGGUAGCUUCAGACAGGGAAAGAUAACAUCUGAGCUGUAUCCUCUGUAGAAGUCUGACCUUAACUGCCCCCAAACAAGGCCUCCAUUAGAGUGUCAUACACUGCUGAAUCUUCAGAACGGCUCACUGUAUUUUCUAAACUGUAGAUCCCAUCUGCCUCUAGGUUUCAGUAUGCUUUUUUUAAUUAGAAAAAUUAAUUAGACCUGUGUACUUUAAGGAUAAUCACUUUAUGGUUUUAUACUUUUUUUUUUUUUUUGCUUUUUUCCUUUUACACAAGUGGCAUGGAUAAAGAGUACUGCCAGUUGGGACCAAUGUCUUACCAAAAUAAAAGCAAAAAGAGAAAGAAGAAAAAAAGAUGCCCUUUGGGGGGCUUUACUGCUUUGUGCCUUUAAUGUAAAUACCCUACAUAACUGAAUCAUCACACAGAAAAAGUCUGCAUGGAUGCUUUCAGAUCAGACUUUUUUGAAAUUUCCUAAUAUCUUCAGGAACUUAAAAUCAUGUAAAUCCUCUAAAAUGCAUUGGGUAACGAGAACCAUGUUUUAUCACACUGAAUUAUGAUGGUUGUAUUAUGUUGUCAAAAUGUUCUUUCCCUGUAUCAUUAUAUGUGUUACAAUGGUUGAUUUGUUUGCAGUUUUAUUUAGAUGAAUAGAUUUUUCUGUAAACAUUUCUCCCAGAAGCCCUCCUCAUGAAGGAAGCAUUCAUAUAUAUUUGAAUAAAAUAAAUACAAUUAUUUGAAAAGAAGCAGCGUUUACAUUUGAACCUCAAUUAAAUGCUAGUAUAUUUUAAAUUAUGUCCACAAGAUGGCAGUGUUAUCCUUUUAUGGUUUGUCAAGAGGGCAAUUACUUGUUCUUUAGCUAUGCCCUAAGAUCUUUUACCCAGAUGAGUAAUGCAAAUUAGGAGCUCCAAUAGUCAAUUUACCAUCAGAGAAGUGUUUGUGUAUUCUAUUGUAAUAUGUUAUAUUAAAUAAUUUUAUAGUAUUUUAUUAGUAGUAUUUUUUUAAAUUUUUCCCCAAAAUUAAGGAUAACAAUCUUGGUGUGGUUCACCACUUUGUUUUCCCUACUCUCCCACUGAGUCAAAGGUAGUUAAUGAUUAAUGUGCUCACUUUUUAAUGGCUUUUUUUUUAAGAGUUCAGGCUUUUCACAGUCGCUUUGGCCCCCUGUAGCCUGUCGAUGAUUUGCAGCCAUUCUUUAACCCCUUGGUUCAUGGACUGCAGAUCCAUCACUGUACAUUGUUUUCAGGAGCAGAUUUUGAGAUGUCAUUGAGAAGCAAUCAGUCUCUUUUUUCUACGUAAUCUUGGACAUUUGAUUCACCCUUGGGGGCUAGAGUCUUUGACCUUUAAGGGCAAUUUCUUGUGCGCGGCAGUAGAUGCGGUUGGAAAGCACAGGAAAAUAAAGCUAUUAACAAAACAAUGCCACAGUAAUUACAACUACAAAUCAAUCAAGGCCCAGUUUAUUUCUUUAUUGUGGCAGACGGAAUCCAUGGCUAGCAGUCAAGAGAAAAUAAAGGAGUAGCUUUUCUGAAACUAAUGAAGAUUAUUCCAGAGAAUGUAUCCAUUUUCUUUUCUCCCAAGGGCUAGACUGGGAUACAAGUGUCUGCCAAAUAUUGAAGUUACUUAAGUUUGUGAAAUGGAUGAAUUUUUAUAAAAAAGGAUAGACAACAUGAUGGUUUGUACAAAACCUUUUGGAUAAUCUUGCGGUGUUGCUGAUUGGAAAGUAUGGUUAAACAAUAGUGUCCAACAUUCAAAAGAUCCAUAUGUCCUCUCACGGGCUGCAUACAAUCUAGAAGAAUAACCAUUUUAGACCUAGCCCAAAAUCAAUUGCUCAUUUGGUCAGUUCCCAAAAGGUAUUUUUUAUGUAGAUGUUUAAUAGUGCAUUGACGAGCCAAAUCCUUGCCUGUCUUUCAUCAACUAAUGCGUUAUGCAUACCACAGUGGUUUUUAAUUCUCACCCCAUUUUCCACCAGCAAUAAAUUGUAAUUAUUAGUGUGAUUUGCCAGCCAUUGCACUAAAAAGUUGCUUCCAAGAUAAUCCAAUUUAUCAUGUCAUCUUUAGAAAUCGCAUUCCCCACAUGUCAUAUGAUUGCUGAGUUUAAAGGCACAUCGAGGACAAGAGUUGAAACAUGCAGAGUCAAGGGGGCUUGUAUCCUGUUCCUUACAGCUGCAAAAUGGGUCUCUUGUUGUUCGAUACUGUAAGAUUCAAAGACAUUGUUGCCCUGGUAAAGUUUAUGGAUUAUAAAAAUGUGUAACAUUAAACACCUGACCUAUCUUUAGGAAUUAUUGUUUUUGAAUUCUCUUUUCUUUUUUUUUUCUUUUUUUGUCAGCCUUUCCAAGGCUAAGAACAUGAGGCUUAAAAUCCCUGGAGCCAUUAACUGCAAUGAAAAUGCUGAAAUACCUUUUCUCCUGUGUACUUGGAUUAGUGCGUUUCCUCUUUCUCAUUCAAAAGCACUCACUCUGAACGCUGUUUCUGUGAGUUCUUCUGGAGCAUCCUCUGCUCUGAUCACACUGAAUAUGGCUCAUGUAUUCCGUCUGUAUACCGAAACAAAGAUGCCCUCUCCCUCCUCACAGAACAAGGGUCUAAUUGUGUCUGCUCAGCCCAGUGUGAAAAGUAUCUCACCAUGUUCUUUCUGCUCAUCCACAGAGCAAACGGAUCCAUCUCCUCUGUUGCCUGGGCUGUUUGUAGACCGGAUUAUGCGUGAGUCCUCCAGACCUCUGGUUCUCAGAGACUUUUCUGUAUGGCUCUCUUCCACCAUCAGCUUUUGACAACCUAAAUGGUGAAUGCAAAGCAAUAUGUAAUGCAGGAUGCUUCUACUUGGAAUGCAUUUCAUUUCUUAGUCUCUUAAUUAUGAAAAAAUUUGUGAUCUUGUAAUCUUUAAAAUCAAAUAUA